AUGUUAUUGCUACUAGAUAUUAAUGCAAUUUUUGAUAUUGAAGAAGAAGAUAUGAUUAUUAGUGAUGGCAGCAACUAUGAGCUUGACAAUGUGCUUGAUUCUAUUCUAGACGUGACAGAUGGCAUUGGUCAGACGUGGAAGACAAGAGAUGAUAAUAAUACAACAAAUAAUAAGUCAGAAACUGAAAAAUUUAAAACAUACGAUCUUCCAGUUAGUGAAUACCUAGAAUGGAUCAAAAACCUUGAAAAAGAAGGGCUUAGUUAUUAUAGAAAUGAUUAUCAGGUACAUGAAGGUGGUUCAAGAAAAAAAAACCAAUGGUCAGAAAAAUGGUAUUGCCAUCGGUAUGGGACAUAUGAGAGCACUGCUAGAAAGAAUGUCACAAAAAGACCACGGCUUGUACAAAAAGAAUCAAAAAAAUGUGAAUCACAUAAAUCACUAUCCUGGCCGGCUGUCAGAUUUGUGUACUUUACCUCUAUCAGAAAACAUUAG